UUUACCUGCAGGGCUGUUCAUUGAGUCACGACCUAAUCCAUCCCAACAUUAGACUAGACUUUUGCAUUACCUACCGGUACAUUGGGACAUGCCCGAAAAGAACCAAACCGUUGUUUAAUAACUACCUACCUUGGCUUGCCACCAACUGCAAUUUGGCUCACAUAAUUUGCCUAAUCUAAACCGACUUUUGUAAUCACCUGUUGACAGGAUUGGAUUCUUUACAUUACUCGAACCGAAACGACGGUUGAACCGCACACGAAUUCAUCAGCAAACAGGCCGCCAAUAGAAGACUGUGUCAGCUUUUUGGGACGCGGUUGGGGCGUUCUUGUCAUUCAACUGUACGGACGGCGGCCAACUUGUUGCAUCGCAUCUGAAAUGAGGCUUAGCCUCGUUGAACAAAAUGCAGCAACGCCGAGAUGAAAUUCUGGCGAAGAAGGCAAAGUUGGCCGAGUUGAAGGAGAAGAGGAAAGCGCGUAAUGAACAGGGCUCAGCAUCACGUCCUAGUGUUGGGGUUGGUGGUGAACUCUCGAUUCCAUCGGCCAGAAAUGUGGAACGCCGCGAAGACCUUGACGAGUACAUUAAUAGGCUCGUUGGCCUCGGGGAUCGACCAUCUUCCACAACCACAGGAGGGGCUGCCUCCCCGGGACCUAGAGGGAGCCGGCCGAACAGUGUUUUGAGCGCCGGCGAACUCAGCAAUGAGAAUUCGGAAUACGCCUCGCUGGCCAACGGCCACGCGCCUGCCGCCCCCGCCGCCCCGCAGAACCUCACUACAGUUCCUCUCACAACCAUCUACGAAUGUCCACCCUCACCGGUCAAAGAAAUUUUUUCUUACAGCAAGGGCAUACAGACCCAGGAAGAUUGGGCGCCAAGCUCGAGACCGUUGGAAUUGUCAGUGUCGGACGACGAUGAGCCUACGUUCACGCCUAGCAAACGGCCGACCCGCAGGGAUCGUGACCGAGAGGAGGAGCUACGCGCCAACAUUAGGAGGGAGAUUGAGGAGGAACUAAAGGCCGCCCAAGAGCUUUCAACAGACGGGGUGCUCAAACCCACGGCACUGACGACCAACUUCCCUGCAAGGACGCUGACGAAUGAAGAACUCAAGGCUGUGACAGCAUCGGAGGAUUUCGUCGACUUUGUGGACAGGGCAACCAAGGUUAUCGAAAAGGCCUUGGACCAGGAGUACGAUAUUCUCACGGAUUACACGCUUCAGACACAAGAGAAUACGGAUGACCGCGAGCAGGGCAACGUGAGUGGGAGAGGGCGCCGCAAGAUCAGGGAGAUACGUCAGUUCUACGAUGAGAGGUGGUCCAAGAAGCGCCCGAUAACUUCGAUUGACUUUUCGCCCAAGUUCUCGGAUCUCGUCCUUGCCUCGGCGUCCAAAAACGUUACAGCACCACACGAGCCGGAUGGUAUUGUUCAAGUAUGGAACUUGAAUCUGCACGACAGGGCCGAAUUUGUCCUUCAUGCACAGUCAGACAUCCUGACGGCCAAAUUCUCGCCUUUUCACCCUAACCUGAUCAUCGGUGGUGCUUAUAGUGGUCAGGUUCUUUUGUGGGAUACGCGUUCUCGCUCUUCUGCCCCAGUUCAAAAAACACCACUGACGGGACAGGGACAUACGCAUCCUGUAUACUCGCUUGAUGUGAUAGGCACGCAAAAUGCCAACAACAUUAUCACAACAUCUACUGAUGGCGUCGUGUGUGGCUGGUCUGUCGAUAUGUUGGCAGCGCCACAAGAGUCGCUCAUGCUUCUUACUCCGCAGCAGACAAAGACGGACGACUUGAGCCCGACAUGCAUGGCCUUCCCCCAAGCUGACCCCACAUACUUCCUAGUCGGCUCCGAGGAAGGCGUCAUCUAUCCAUGCCACAGAUAUGACCGAGCGGGUGCCAAGGCCGGUGUUGACAAGAACGUCAGCUACAGGGGUCACUCAGCACCGGUCAGGUCUGUUGACUUUCAUUCCAACUUGGGUCCGGUUGACUUUGGCGAUCUUGUUCUCUCCUCGAGUCUGGACUGGAGUGCCAAGUUGUGGAAAGUGCGGCCGCCUGGGGGCAUUGGUACAGCCGGUCUCUUGUCCAGCAACGCAGAGGUCGCCGUCUCGCCCCUUAUGGAGUUUGCUCGCGAAGAUAUCGUCUACGAUGCGGCAUGGUCACCGCUUCGACCUGGUGUGUUCUCGCUUGUCGACGGCGCCGGCUAUCUCGAAAUAUGGGACUUGACGGUCGAAACAGAAGAGCCAGUCGCGCGCAUUCAACCAAAUGCGCGCCCCGGCGCGAGGGUGGCAAGUCUGAACAAGGUUGCCUGGGAGCGGUCGGAAGGCAAGCGGCUCGCCACAGGCGGUAUCGCAGGUGCAUUGACUGUUUUCGAGGUCGGGCCGGACCUGGGAGGGAAGGAGGGUAUCAAGUCUGACGAGUGGGCUGCGGUCAAGAAGCUUAUUUCGAAGCUAGAGCUCGACGCCAAAGGCCCUGUAAAUGGCGUCUCUGGCCUGAGGAACUGAGCAAGGAGCGUCGGCAAGUCUUGCUGCUUGCAGUCUACACGUCAGAAUUGGAUUCUGCUCUCCUUUUAUAACAUUUUAUCCUUUCGCUAGCUUCCUUGUGUCGCGGACUUGCUUGUAGAGUCGUUCUAUACCCCAGCUUUUGUUUGCCGUUUAGUGUUCUCUAGAAGACAUAUGCUCUUGCGAAUACAAGCCUUG